AUGCACCCUGUUACAAAUGCACCCUGUUACAAACGCACCCUGUUACAAACGCAGCCUGUUACAAACACACCCUGUUACAAAUGCAGCCUGUUACAAACACACCCUGUUACAAACACACCCUGUUACAAACGCACCCUGUUACAAACGCACCCUGUUACAAACGCAGCCUGUUACAAACGCACCCUGUUACAAACGCAGCCUGUUACAAACGCAGCCUGUUACAAACGCACCCUGUUACAAACGCACCCUGUUACAAACGCAGCCUGUUACAAACGCAGCCUGUUACAAACACACCCUGUUACAAAUGCAGCCUGUUACAAACACACCCUAUUACAAACACACCCUGUUACAAACGCACCCUGUUACAAACGCACCCUGUUACAAACGCAGCCUGUUACAAACGCAGCCUGUUACAAACGCAGCCUGUUACAAACGCAGCCUGUUACAAACGCACCCUGUUACAAACGCAGCCUGUUACAAACGCAGCCUGUUACAAACGCACCCUGUUACAAACGCACCCUGUUACAAACGCACCCUGUUACAAACGCAGCCUGUUACAAACGCAGCCUGUUACAAACGCAGCCUGUUACAAACGCACCCUGUUACAAACGCACCCUGUUACAAACGCACCCUGUUACAAACGCACCCUGUUACAAACGCAGCCUGUUACAAACGCACCCUGUUACAAACGCACCCAGUUACAAACACACCCUGUUACAAACGCACCCUGUUACAAAAGCACCCUGUUACAAACGCACCCUGUUACAAACGCAGCCUGUUACAAACACACCCUGUUACAAAUGCAGCCUGUUACAAACACACCCUAUUACAAACACACCCUGUUACAAACGCACCCUGUUACAAACGCAGCCUGUUACAAACGCACCCUGUUACAAACGCACCCUGUUACAAACGCAGCCUGUUACAAACGCACCCUGUUACAAACGCAGCCUGUUACAAACGCAGCCUGUUACAAACACACCCUGUUACAAACACACCCUGUUACAAACGCACCCUGUUACAAACGCACCUUGUUACAAACGCAGCCUGUUACAAACGCAGCCUGUUACAAACGCACCCUGUUACAAACGCAGCCUGUUACAAACGCAGCCUGUUACAAACGCAGCCUGUUACAAACGCACCCUGUUACAAACGCACCCUGUUACAAACGCAGCCUGUUACAAACGCAGCCUGUUACAAACGCAGCCUGUUACAAACACACCCUGUUACAAACACACCCUGUUACAAACACACCCUGUUACAAAUGCACCCUGUUACAAACGCACCCUGUUACAAAUGCAGCCUGUUACAAACACACCCUGUUACAAACGUACCCUGUUACAAACGCACCCUGUUACAAACGCAGCCUGUUACAAACGCAGCCUGUUACAAACGCACCCUGUUACAAACGCACCCUGUUACAAACGCAGCCUGUUACAAACGCACCCUGUUACAAACACACCCUGUUACAAACGCACCCUGUUACAAACGCACCCUGUUACAAACGCACCCUGUUACAAACGCACCCUGUUACAAACGCACCCUGUUACAAAAGCACCCUGUUACAAACGCACCCUGUUACAAACGCAGCCUGUUACAAACGCAGCCUGUUACAAACACCAGCAUAGAAAGAAAAAGACGGUAGCAUGA